AUGUCAUUGGAUACCUCGAUUCCGGGGACUGGAGUCUUCUCGGUUGUACCCGCACCCAAGAAGCCCAAGCGGACUAGGGCGAGCGCAUCAAAGGUCAGGACCGGCUGUCUGACAUGCUCUCAACUCUGCCGCAUCCUUCACGCAGUCAACCCUAGUUCUCCAGUAGCUGACCAUGAUCCCGCCGCUGUCAGAGUCCGACAUGUUAAAUGCGACGAGGCGAAGCCGUUUUGCAAGCCGUGUAGCAGGGACAAGCACAAGUGUGACGGGUAUUCGACGGCUCUUCAAGACAAACGGCCGACUCCGACAUGCUCGACUCCUCCCGCUCGGCGGCAAUAUUUCAACUCAGUAAUGAAGCUGUCGCCUCCUGUUGAUUGGGACGUCUCCGGCACGACCCUCGAGAGGCUAAUGUUCCACCACGUACACCAAUGUACUGUCCCGGAUUUCGGAACCGCUACCCCUCUGGCCAAGUUAUGGAGCAACUACAUCCUACCGCUGGGCUAUUACUCCGACUCGGUGAAGCACGCUAUUAUCGCGCUUGGUGUAGCUCACAGGGGAUUUCUGGAGAAUCCCUACUUUGACGAAAAGCCUUCCGAAUCGGCUUUAGCGUUCAACGACCUAGCCGUGAGGCAUCAUCGAAAGGCCGUUUCGGAGACGAUACAGAUCAUGGCCGACCCGUCACCCGUCAACAUCCGGAUCACGCUCAUCUGCUGUCUAGUAUUCGUAUGUUAUGAGAUCGUGCGAGGCCAAUACGACAAAGCCAUUCAGCAUCUAAAGGCGGGGUCCAGAGUUCUCGAGUCACUUCACCAAGCAGCAAUAUCCAACCAACGCGACCCCUUGUCGGUAUCAACCUACGACGGACAGCUGGCGGAGACAGUACAGAAACACUUUGACCAACUAUGCGAUAUCACAAACAUGUUCACUUGCAUUGGCAUGGACACCUCCAUGCUCAUCGAGGACGAAAUCGUUCCCGACCUGUCCUACUUCACACAUCCAGAAGCCGACGACGAGCGCCACACACCGUUCAAGACCGUAUCCGAAGCCCGGCACCGCCUGCAUUUUGUUGAGCUGACAUUUUCAGGGGCCUUUGACGACUGCUGGUUCUGCGGGUUCGACAACUGCUGGCACUCGGCCCCGUCGCCGUGCCAGGCGCCGGAGCCUUCGCAAGACGUACAGACCCUGCAAAAGGCAGCGUGGGAUGAGGCGUCGACGCGUUUCAAGGUCUGGUGCUCCCGUUUCGAUCUGCUGCAGGAGAGACUGCCGGGGAAGCUGGACCCGGCGGACCUAGACGAGCUCAAGGCACUCCGCUUCUCCCGCACGAGUUGGGAGAUCUUCAAUGCCCAAGACGGACCGUGUGCGAUGAAGAACUCCAACAUGGCUGAGCUGCACGCGCUCGUCGACAUGGCUGAGGAGAUUGUGGCCGGCAGGGAUGGACUCCAUCGGCCGAGGUUUGCGCUCGCGGCCGACAUUGUGCCCUCUCUUUCGUACAUUUGCGCGUUCUGCGACAAUGUCGACCUCGAACGGAGGAUCGUCGACGUUCUCCGAGGUAUGAAGCGGAGGGAGGGCAUGUGGGAUAGUCGAGAGCUGGCGAAUCUGUAUGAUCUCGUUAUACAGGCCAAGACUGGCAACCAGUGGAAAGACGAGUACAACUGGGAGACUUUGCCUAGUCUUGCGAGGAUGAUGUCGAACAUGUCAUUGUCCGGUUCGGGAGAUCGUGUGGGACCGCCUAGUCCUUUGACUUUGCUUUGA